ACUGAAAUAUCGCUCCCGUGUCUUCAUUUCCUGAGAGCCCCAACAAGAAGUCAAGAAGGAGUAACGGGUCUACCUCAUUAAGAUUGAUCUCGCCUGCGAAAGAAACUCCAGCGCUGUGUACAGUCUCUACAUCCCGAUAUCUUUGUAUCUGCAGAACUCCAUCAGAAGUGAGAUUAACCUCAAUCCUAAUUGUAAUGAUUAAACCCACCUCGCAAUCGCGCAAGCCUCUUGAUUCGCGGCACUCCAUCGAUUCCUGUAUGUUGCAGCUCCAUAGUUGGAGGCCUUUUCAAUGCCAAACUACUCCUACCAAAAUCCUAGACUCUGAUUCCCACAUUAAUGCUAACCCUAAACCAUAUUACUCCUCCUCUAAUGGCAUCCAUACCAAGCGCCCCUGCCUCUCCGACCGCACCACCUCGUCCUUCUCUGUGGAUGCUAUUGAUUUGUCUAAGCUGAGCUUGAUUGACGAUUAUAAGCCGAUUGCAGCUGGUCACUACAGGAGCGGUAGCUACCGCUUAAUCGCUCGCAAGAGGCGGCGCCGGGGGUCCAGGUCUGUUUCGGGUCGGAGCAGCGAUCGCAGCGGGACCCGUAGAUGCUGCUCAGUUGGGGCUUCGGCAGCAUAUGGGACAUGCUCUGAUUUUCCGGUGGCGAUGGGUACAGAUUCGAGCGGGGAGCUAUUUGGAAAUGGUGAUGCGAAUUGGUCAUCGGAUGUGAGUGAAGCGAAAAAUUCGCGGAAGGAUAGAGACAGGGAAGGUGGUAGCGGAGAGAAGGAGAAUUUGGGAUUGGGCAUCGGUGUAACUGGGUGUUCUGAUGCUAACGGAAAUGAGUCUGGUUAUGGAAGUGAACCCGGUUAUCGGGGGGAUGCAGAGUUUGGUUAUGGAGACGAGCUUGAAGAGGAGGAGGACGAAACGCGAUUAUUAUUUUGGGGGGAUCAAUUUGAAGGUUCGAGAAUGGAAAUGGUGGGGGAGAACAACCUACUAGAUCACAAGUCCCAUCAUAGAUGCCGACGUAGGAAGCAAGAUUGUAGAAUGGUGGAUGCAUUGAAGUAAAUUCCGUGAUACGCUCAUAUUUGGCCAAAACAAGGUACCGAGCAUGUCAGCAAGUUGAGCAGGUGGAUCUGUGAGCCUGAUACGGCUUUGCUAAAUUGUGAGAUCUACUUGAUUCCUUUUGACAAGGAAACUAAGCCUUGACUAGUUGACUGUUAACCAUAAUCACAUAUUGAUAUUAAUUUUAAAUUAUUUAUCAAUAUUGAUGAUUUUUCUUUUGUUG